AUGUUCGCCUACAUCGUCGGCUUAUUAGCAAUCCUACUUUUCGUGGCCAACCCCAUCACCCAGUAUUUCCUGCCGCAGAGCUCCCGCGCGAGGAAUUCGCUGUCGCCGAGGCCGCAGCUGAACGAGUCGCUGCUGGCGAUUGAUGGGCCGAAUGCCACGGUGCCGAAUUGCCCGGCUGACGCGUACGGGGCGCGGAUUUUGAGCAGGGAGCCGCUGGUGGUAUAUCUGGAGGGGUUUUUGAGUGAGAGCGAGAGGAAGCAUUUGCUUGAGAUUAGCGAGCCUAUUUUUGAGCCGUCAACCAUCACUCAUGACUCCAGCGCUACGCAUCGUGACACUACAGUCCGAGACUCUUCUGUUGCGGUCUUGCCCCGGACAGACAUUGUUCGCUGCAUCGAGGCUCGCGCAAUGGCCUUUCAAGGGUGGCGGCGAGAUCUUUGGAUUGAGCGACUGCGAACGCAACGAUACGUCGCUGGCGGGCACUACAAUCAUCAUUUCGACUGGAGCGGCAAUGCGGAUGGAUGGGGUAGAGUGAGCAGCUUCAUGGCCUGGGUUGAUGCAGCUGAUGAGUUGGAAGGUGGAGGAACGGAGUUUCCGCUGCUGGAAACCACAAUCGACAGUAAUGCGUCAAAUUGGUGUGAUUUGAUCGAGUGCGAAAGGGAAGAGAAAGGGACUACGUUCAAAGUUAUUCCUGGCAAUGCAGUAUACUGGGAGAAUUUCGCCCGAGAUGGCAGGGGAUAUGACGAGACUUGGCAUGCUGGCUUGCCUGUGAAGAAGGGAGUCAAGGUCGGGUUGAACAUUUGGAGUUUUGGACGGAUAGAGUGA